UUGUGAAGGUCCUGACGGGAGACAGACAGCAAAGGGAAUCGACAACAAACCGUGCCGUGAAAAAUUAUGACUGCAACAACAAACAGAUAGCUGGCUUCUUAUCUUUCCUGAGCCAGAAUCACAGACAAGCAAAUCAAGAAAGCCAAGACCAUGGAAAGGAAAGGUAUACCUGUUAAGCGCAUUCUCAACAAACCCCAGAUAGUCCGUAGUCUGGGCAACCACCUUCACACAGAUGUGAACGCCGGCCACUCCCGAGCUGGAUGGUCGCUCCUGACCAAAGUGCACCGCAGCAGGCACAAGCAUCUGUACGACAACAAUCAUCACAACAGGUCCAAGCCUGAUUUAAACACAACACUACCAGUUCGACAGACGGCAUCCAUCUUCAAACAACCGGUGACCAAGGUAACAAAUCAUCCCAACAACAAGGUGAAGGCGGACCCGCAGAAGUCUGUGGACCAACCGAAACAACUAUUCUGGGAGAGGAAGUUGAGCGGGUUGAAUGCAUUCGAUAUCGCAGAGGAGCUGGUGAAAACGAUGGAUCUUCCCAAAGGCUUACAGGCUGUUGGUCCUGUGAGCUCAGAUAAAACUCUGCUGUCUUCCAUCGCCAGUGCUCUGCACACCAGCCCCUCCCCUGUCACCGGACAGCUCACCGCCGCUGUGGAGAAAAACCCUGGAGUCUGGCUCAACACAUCACAACCUCUCUGCAAAGCCUUCGUAGUGACCGACGAUGACAUCAGGAAGCAGGAGGACCUGGUGCAGAGUGUGAGGCGGCGGCUGGAGGAAGCCCUCACGGCUGACAUGUUGGCUCAUAUAGAGGACAUCACUGCAGAAGCAGCAGCAGCUAACAAAGCAGAAGAGAAGGUGGAGAAGGUGAACAAGGAGGAAUUAUAGCCAAGGCUUGUUUGACAUGAAGUUGCUGGUAAACUCCUUUUUAUUUUCAAAUAUUUGGCUCCAUGAAGAUUUUUUUAACUCAAUUUCAAGUGAAAUAUACCCUAAAUGCAGACAUUCUGCAGAUUUUGUUUACCUAAACAAAGAUUGUUAUUUUUGUUUUUAUUUUUGUUGUGUUACGGUGUUCUUCUGAAAGGGUCCUUUGGGUUUUUAGUUCAUUUUUACCUCUAAUAAUGUUUGGGAACUGUCUAUAGACUCUAUACUGUUUAUUGUUUUCAGGAAACAGUGACAUCACCAUUUCACCAUUGAUACUAUAUUGAGUCAAAGGAUGUUACUGUUCCCAUAAGAAUACUUCUAAGGCAGUUUCACAGCAGUUGUGGAUGCUGCUCUACACAAUGCAGUGUUACAUUUAGUUAACAGCUGUUCAAGCUCCAAGUUAAAAACACAAACCUGAUGUAUGUGACUGUGUGUUUGCGUGUGUGUUGAAUGUAUAAGCUCAUGUUGACAUCUUAAGUAUUUUUUUUUUUUUUUAAACAUGUUGCUCUUUUAUAUUUUAAUCUGGCACUGUAGGUAGUGUGUUUUAUGUUCAGAAGCAUAGUAAGGUUGCAGUAUGUUUACAUGCGCACAGCACUCUUGUGGCUGUGGGUUAUUAAAAUGUAGUUUGUUUGAUUCAAGGUUUUACAGUUCAAAGCAGUGUUAUUUCUUACAAUAAUGAGAGUUUACAUGGUUUUAAGUUCAAGCCAUGGUAUUUGUGUUGACAAAAGAAUAAUCAGUACUGUUUCAUCAGCUACAUUUGAGCUUUAACAGGAAAAAUAUGUACCCUCAGAUAAUACAAAAACAAGUACAACACUGACGUACCUCAAAACAAGAUGUACUGUACCUCAAUACAAGAUUCAUUAUUUGUCUCUGUCUAAUAAAUGCAGCUCUUUAAAAA